AUGUACCCCACAACACAGACACUAAACGAAACACCCUCUUCUGCUGGGUCAAACACCUCGGCUACAACGGCUGCAUCCUCAUUCACGAUCCAGAGCAUUGCACCCAAUGUCGUUAGUGAUGUGUUCGCUAAAGAUCUGCACCAGCUUCUUAUGGCUCAUUUGUACAACUAUCUCAAACAAGCCGGACUUCACGAGUCUGCCAAGUCACUUCUUCUGGAAUCGUCAAAUGUGCCUAACAACAUCAAAAAUAACUCCCCUCGGCAAGGUGUUACAGAUACACAGAUGGUGAUAAACGCUUCUUCUUCUACAGAUCCGUUUUUGUUGGAGUGGUGGUCAUUGCUCUGGACAGUUCAGCUGAAUAUGAACCCGGCGCUCAACCAGCUUUUCCACAAAACCAGCGAUCCACAACAACUUCAACAGCAAUUUCUUCUCCAACAGCAGCAGCAACAACAGCAACAACAACUACAGUUCCUGCUCCAACAGGGAUCUCAAGGACGACUUCAGCCUCAAAAUAAGCCACUAAUGCCACAACAACAUCCACAGCAACUACAACAGCAGCAACUUCUGCAGCAGCAAAUGCAGCAACAGCAGAUUCAGCAACAGCAGUUCGUCCAGCAGCGACUUUUGGCCCAACAACAACAGCUUCAGGCUCAACAAGCCGCUCUAGCAGCACAGGACCAAAACCCUGGACAAAAUGUAGGAAAUCUAAAUCCGCAACGAGCUGGCUCGAUAUCGUCGGCUUCUAGUGGUGUAGUACCAAUAUCGGCUAAUGCUAAUGCUAAUGCUAAUCGGAUGCUUCCACCUAAUUCGGCUGGAUCGGCACCUCCUCCUAAAAACGGGAAUUUGCAUCAAUACCAGCAGCAGCUUCGCUUGCAGCAGAUCAA